AACCAUCCAAAAAAUUCACCACUACCCUUUCUUUCUUUCCUUGGUUCCUCGCUUUCUCUGUUUUUUUGGCUGAUUUAUAAUUUUAAUUUUUCCUCCACGGGACUCUACUGGGCACAGAUAUACUGUAAUUUGCUGCUUCGGCUGCUGUUUUGUGAAACGGAGAGGAAGAAUUAAGAGAAUAAGAGUCCUAUGCUGGGGGACUCAACUGCUUUAGGAGGUGGGGGAGCUAGCUCUGGAGAAGAUGCGGCCGUUGCUGCUGCAUCUGCUGGAGGAGUUGCAGAAGCCCAUGACUGUGGCGAGUCAGCAAUUGCGGCGGCGGGUGGCGGUGGAUCGAAUUCAGGCGAAGAGGGGGGUGGUGGUGGUGGUGGUGGUGACAGAAGCUUCGGCGGUAACCGUUGGCCCCGCCAGGAGACUCUGGCGCUCUUGAAGAUACGCUCCGACAUGGACGUGGCGUUUCGAGAUGCCAGCGUUAAGGGUCCCUUGUGGGAUGAAGUUUCCAGGAAGCUAGCGGAGCUUGGAUACCACAGAAGCGCCAAGAAGUGCAAGGAGAAGUUCGAGAACGUUUACAAGUACCACAAGCGAACCAAGGAAGGCCGGACCGGAAAACCGUACGGCAAAACCUACCGUUUCUUCGAUCAGUUGGAAGCUCUCGAUCAGCACCAUAGCCACCCUCAUCAUAAUAACAAUUCUUUAUUGAUUCAAUCCUCUUCUUCUAAUUCCGCUCCUCUACCUGCACCACCGGUCUCCGUCAUAGCCGCCGCCACCCAACCUCCUCCUUCAAUAAUGGUGGCCCCGCAAGUCACGCCUCAUGCUCCUCCUCCUCCUCAUGCUAAUGCCAGUACUGUUCCAUCAAUGAACACUUCAAUCCCUCCAUUUUACCCGCCACCAGCACCGGCAUCAGCAACGACGAUAACAGCAAACCCUACUUUUAUACCCCCGUUCACGAGUAUCCCCACGGAUCUCUUGUCCAAUUCUAGUUCGUCUUCGACGUCGUCAGACGAGACAAUAGAGGCUCGGCGGAAGCGGAAGCGGAAGUGGAAGGACUUCUUUGAGAGGUUGAUGAAGGAGGUGAUAGAGAAGCAGGAGGAGCUGCAGAAGAAGUUUCUGGAAGCCAUAGAGAAACGCGAGCACGAACGCAUGGCUCGAGAAGAAUCCUGGAGAAUGCAGGAGAUGGCCAGGAUCAACAAGGAGAGAGAAAUAUUGGCCCAGGAAAGAUCCAUCGCGGCGGCGAAAGACGCUGCUGUAAUGGCCUUCUUGCAGAAGAUCGCUGAACAGCAGAAUCUCGGCCAACCGGCACCGCCAACAAAUAACAUUGACAUCCCCAAUCCUCCGUUGCAACCCACAGCAGCUCCCACACCACAACCAGCACCUGUCGUUGCUCCGCCGCAGCAGCCACUGCAACCUGUGACGGUGCAACAAUCAACCCCACUUCUUUCUACUCCACCGCCUCCGCCAUCCACCCAACAGGGAAUAAUAAGCAUGGAAAUUGUAAAGAAAAAUGACAAUGGGGAGAACAGUAAUUUGACGAUGCCAUCCUCGGCCUCAUCAUCGAGGUGGCCGAAGACGGAAGUGGAUACUCUGAUAAAACUACGGACAAACCUGGACGCGAAGUACCAGGAGAAUGGGCCGAAGGGGCCGUUGUGGGAGGAAAUCUCCGCUGCAAUGAGGAGACUGGGAUACAACCGUAGCUCGAAGAGGUGCAAAGAGAAGUGGGAGAACAUCAACAAGUACUUCAAGAAGGUGAAGGAGAGCAACAAGAAAAGACCAGAAGAUUCCAAGACGUGCCCGUACUUCCACCAGCUGGAUGCUUUAUACAGGGAGAAGAAUUUCAAGAUGCAGACAGCAAUGCCGCCGCCGGAGAACAUGAUGUCUACGCCGCUCAUGGUGCGCCCAGAGCAGCAGUGGCCGCCGCAGCCUCAGCAGCAAGAUGCGCGGUCGUCGGGGCCCCAGGUGAUGAUAGGAAGCGCGGGAAAUGAUGCAAUGGAAGUAGACGAAGAGGAGGAUGACAAGGAUAGGGAAGAGCAAGAAGACGAGGACGAUGAUGGAGGAAGUGGUACCUUCGAGAUAGUGGCAAGCAAGCCAGCUACUUCAGUGGGUGCUUCUGAGUGAGGGGGGGAGAGAGAGAGAGAGAAAAGAAGAAAGGGCUAAAAAAAUAGGUGAACCAAUCAGGGGGUGAGGUGGGUCAGAGGGUUGUCCGACGUGAGAGGAUUUGCGGCGGCGGAUAUGGCGGACGGGGCGGUGGUGGUGGGUUUGCAGCUGAAGUCGGAUGCACGUAAGUACGGGAGAAUGACACAUGAGCAUGGAGGUGGGGAAGAGUUAUUGGUACUUUGGUGGUCGAAGCUCAUAGUCAAUGAUGAUCGACAUGUUUUGUUUUUACAAAUUUAUUUAUUUAUUUUUGGGGCGAAAUAAAUAAUUUGAGGGAAGAGCGAAAAUUUUAAGAUUUUCAGUUUUCACAAUAACGAAUAAAAGGGAAGGAGAAUAGUUUUUUAUUUUGUAUUUUUUUUUCAACCUUACAUGGUCAUGUUGGUGUAAAUGGGGUAAACGGUUAUUUGGGGUCCUUUUUCUAUUUUUUCCCUGAAACUUUUCUUAUGCUUA